ACCACGGCUCCCGGACUUGCAUGAUUGUGCGACCGGGACCAGCUUGUCAGCUCUGUCAGCUCGACUUACUUUCUCACCCAUUAUCACUGUUUCAGCUCCCACUUGUCUUGUCCCGUUCCUCCCGAAAUCAUCCCAUAUUCGUGCUUCAAUUUGUCACGGACCGGUGAGAAUGAGCUGAUGUCUGAAACACAACGACCAAUUUCUCCCAUCCUGCCCGAAGUAACCCGUCUCAAGAGCAACUCACAAAUUCAAAAACCCACCUGCCACUCGAACACACAAAGUACCGAACAAUGAGCGAUAACAAGAUGUCGGAACCACCAAACAAUCCCGUCGUAAUCCAGUGGAUCCUCGACACCCGGUCCUGGUUUCCCUCAGCCGCUAAGACCCGUGAUCUCGAAGUCCAUGCAUCCCGUCCCCUCUCCCUCCUCACCCCUACCGAGCGCGCCUCCGUGCUCAAAUACUUCCAUGUCCGCGACGCCAAAAUGGCGCUCGCCUCCGCUCUGCUCAAGCGGUACGCCAUCGCGCGCCUGGCAGGCGUGGCCUGGUCAUCCACCACGCCCGGGUUCACGCGCGACGAGCGCACCACCAAGCCCAUCUGGCGCGACCCUGCAACCGGUGCACAGCCAGUUGCCUUCAACGUGUCGCACCAGGCCGGAAUCGUCGCGCUCGUGGCUGUGGCGGACUAUCCCGGCCCGGGGGCGCAGUCGGAGGCGGGGGCCGAGGUGGAGGUCGGCGUGGAUGUUGUGUGUACAUCCGAACGCAGGGAUCGCGAUCAGGACUUGAUUAGAAAGGAAGGCUGGGGCAGCUUUGUCGAUAUGCAUGCUGACGUUUUUGCCAUGGGGGAGACGACGUAUUUGAAAUAUCAGGUGUUGAGCGCUGUGCCGGGGUUGGUAGAGAGAGGAGCAGGAGGAGGGCCGCCGACGCCGGAGCAGGUGGCGGAUGGGAAGCUGAGGGCUUUCUAUGCGCUUUGGGCGCUCAGGGAGGCGUAUGUGAAAUUGACGGGUGAGGCGUUGCUGGCGGAAUGGUUGGGGGAGUUGGAGUUUAGGUAUUUUAGGCCGAGCUGGCCGACGCCAGCUUGGGAUGUGCCGGCUGUUGAGACGAAGGAGGGUGAAGAGGAAGGAGAGGACGCGCAGGUGCUGAGAAAAUUCGAGAUACGGUUUAGAGGGAAGAAGGUGGAGGAUGUGAAUAUGUGUUUGCGAUCAAUGGGACCGGAUUACAUGGUUGCUACGGCCGUGAGGACACCAGAGGACCCCAAUGUUGGGCUAAGAUGGAGGCUUGGGCCGUAUGAAACAUUGGCGCUGGAUGACUUGUUGAACUUUGCAGACUCGGCCGUGUAGCAGGACUGUCGAUUCGGCAAGCACAGACAAUUUCAGAUAUGAAGUGCAGUAUGUCAACCUUCUGGAGCCGUUACGAAAGUAUAGUGAAUGAUACCGAUCAAAAAGCGCA